UCUGCUGCCUCCGCCUAUCUCGGUGCCUAUCGUCCUCCCCGUUGACGCCCGUCCUUGAUCCCGGCAACCGUACGGCAGACGGAGAAUAGUCGUCGUACCAGCGGCCUCUGCAGCUUGAAAUUACCUCUUCUUCUUGCUCCCUCCCACCUCGGCUAAUGCGACUCCUCCUCCUCCCGUCACCUCGAGUUCCCUCGCCCCUACCUUUGACAUGGCAUCCAGAGAUGGACGUUGAUUGAAGGUUGAAACAGGUCUAGAAACGCAAAAAUCAAUCCAGGCUCGGCCGUUGAUGCAAGGCUGUGUUACCAAAGCGCACAUGUCCUUGGUUGUAUACUGCUUGAAUACCCGCCACAACGGACUUGGUCGGUCGCAAUAGCACAGCAUGGACAUUGACCACGCGACCAUCUCCGAAGCAGAUCUGACACGUCUGUUGCCCACCUGUCAAAGAUGCCGUCGUCUAAGAAGGAAGUGCGACACAAAUCUGCCUGCCUGUCGCCUGUGUCAAAAGGGCAAAGCUGAGUGCACCUUUUUUGAUCAUGCCUUGCAGCAGACUCUGCCGCGAAGCUACGUCCAUUCACUGUUGACACGACUGGGACGCCUGCGUGCUGUUCAAGCAUCUGUCAAUGGGACAAGCGAGCCGCUGAGUGCCUUCAAACUGCCUCACCAUGAACGGAACACUUCGACGGCAUCCACCAACCUCGACGCUCCUCUCAACGACUGGGGCACUUACACAAGCGACCUUUCUUUCGACAAGCAUUUCAUCAUCGAACAUGCUAAUCCCACAUGCUGGCAGUUCUUGGGUAGCAGUUCGCCUUAUGCGUUGGUUGUCGAAGUCCUUGUACAUGCUCAAUCGAAGCUAGGUUCGAUGGUCCAUCAUCCGGACUAUGCUGGUCCCGAGUUCUGGCUCAAUGCCCAGAGCACAGAGGUUGCCGAGCCGUUGCAGCCCAGGGCUACGCCAUCGCGGGCUGAGAUUCAGAUGCUCAUCAACUUGUACAUGUCGACAACGAAUAUCCUGACGACCUUCUUCGACGCCGAAGACAUGACUUAUGAGAUCGAUACCUAUUUGCGCCACCAUGGAUCAAAUGUCAAGUAUCUCACUGGAAAGGAAGCACAUCAAUUUUUCCGGGUCGCCAUGAUCUGCGCCAUCGCUUCAGCGAACAAGGCAAGGCAUCACUCCGUCUACGACACCGAGUCGAUGGCGUAUUACUCCGAGGGUCUACAGUGUGUUGAAGAGGUAACUUCAGAUGUAUCUCCAGAUGCACUUCAAGCGCUCCUACUCCUUAUCUUGUUUACUUUAUUCCAGCCGCGGAAAGGCGACAUCUGGAAGUUGUUGGAUUUCGCCUGCCGUUUGAGCGUGGAGCUCAACUAUCACACCGAGACCAACGACGAAUACGAAGACGAGAAAAGUCAGAAAAAGCGCCGCGGCAUAUUCUGGGGAUUGUAUUGUAUCGAGCGGACGAUGGGACAACACCUUGGCCGGCCUUCGGAUCUGACAGAAGAAAUCAUCACCGCCGAAUAUCCUGCCUCGUUGAAUGAAGCCGCGAUGGCCGACCCAGACACGCUUCAGACUAUUCUUACCUCUCACUACUACCGGCUGACGUAUCUCCGCUCGGAGAUCUUCCGCGAGUUAUACCUCCCGGCGGUUGCACCUACGUUGCCCCGAAUGUGGUAUGAGCAAAGUGUCGAAUCUAUGUUGGCGUGGCGGCGAGAACUACAAUUCAUCGAGACCACGCCUGGCAUGGGCAGCAUGACAUGCGAGACGGGCUUUGAUACUUCGAUCUGUUUCCUAUUCCAGCCUCUGUUAUUGCGAGCACUGGCGGCAACCAAAGACUCGAUAUUGGGCCCAGAGAUCACCGAAGUCAUUCCGCGCGAGAGCUACCAUUCUGCCGUGAAGGUGGUUGAAUUCUACAACAAGCUCUUCCGUGGCGCCGAGGGCACGCCUUGGGGCAUGUAUCCUAUCACCAUGAUCUCGGCGCACUACAUCCACCAAGCCACCAUAAUCAUUAUGGCUCACUGUCUGCUGGCAAUUGAUGGACGAUUGCCUGUCGUGAGUUUUUCGAGGGAGCUCAGUGGCGAUGCAGAAGGCCCAGUGGAUUUCAGUGGUAUCCAUGAGAUAUCUGGAACGUGCUUGAUCUUGUUGAACACCCUGUCCAAGAAGUGGGCUGGCAUGGUGGGUAUAUUGGAUAUCUACAAAAGUCUGCAGGCAAAGGUGUUGCCCAUCAUGAUGCGGAGUGGGCUGGGCUGAGGAUUGCGCAAUUGUUCAGCACUCUGGAGUCUUCAGGCCACCAAUGCCAUGCAGGGCAAACUGGACACCAACAUGGUAUUUGGGGCCUGGCAUCUGGGUAAUCGUUGUGCCUAUCACCAAAGAAAAGCUUUAUAGCUCUAACCGCGACCCCAACUCCCAGCCUAACGCAAAUGCCGUUGGCUGGGAAUGCAACAUGGCCGCAAAUGUCCGAAUUAGGCAAGAGAGUCCUCAAAAACGGAAUCGCUGGUUGGAUGCGGAAUGCCAUCAUUCUAUUUGUUCAACAACUACAACAACGUCAACCCACAGCCAGGAUUGCUUUGCGGCAAUAAGGCAGGCUGACAGCAGAAUGCGGAAUUAUGGGUCUGUGCACAGCACUGUUCUAAUUCCUGGAUCGGCUCGUCCCUGUUGCUUUGAGGUCGUCCGGUGGGCGGUGUUCAUGAGCCUCUUUUCUCAGUCUCAUGAAUACAACCAGGGCAUGAGCGCCAUGAUGCGUCCGAGAAGGCUUUGUCGUGCGCCCCGACGUUGUCUUGAUUUUCUGCUUGAUCUUUGGGAGGGGUCGCCAAACAAAGAAACACCGGAACCCAUAACUGAGACAAACAAGUUGUCUUCAUUCACCACUCUGCCGACAACACGACAUGUAUCGGAUCAAACAAUCGAUAUGGUCAAUCGACAAACAAUUCCACUGCCCGACGUUUCAAGCGAGAGUCACGCACGUCCUCAGUUUUGAAAUUCUGACUCUAAGCUUCACAUGGGGAAUGAUCAGUCAGACUCACCGAAAGGCGCUCAGGGAUCUGUAACCAGAGAUCCGUCAAUUAAACCUGCUUCUCACAUCUACUCGUCGAUUCUCUGUUUUUUUCGGACCGAACUGAAAUCAGUAACAAGCUCGCAACGACUCAGGUCGACUUCAAACCUACAAGAUUUGUCAAGGGAGGCACAUAGCGACAAAACUCAUUCAAAGUCAAACAUGGGUGCCGAUAGAAGACCGAAAAGUUCGUAUCUCUCGAUGCCGGAUAUGGCGGUCGCGUAACAAGGUCAACUGACAUUGCAGUUAGGCAGCAGCAACACCAAAGCCCCCAGAUUGCGCAUGACACUCAAGCUCAUGUCUCCAUCUGCUUCUUUACAACAGGUCCCAGCCACGUGCCGCAAGGCAGGUUCGCAACAGAAGUCAAUGGUGCGCAGCAAACCUCACCUCAGACAACGCAGACAUCACGGUAGUGAGCUCCAGGCGAUGGGCAACAGGGCAGUGACAGGGAGAACCGGGACAGUGUUGCGUUUCACGAUGAAGGAUGGCGAAGCCGUGAAGGCUGAGGUGAUUGGGUGAAGCAGCUCAUGUCUGCCAUAGAGAACUUGUGGCAUUUGGCGGAAUGUGUUUGGAGUCAACUUGGACAGCUGUCGCUUGACAGACUGUAGGUGCUUGUUGGUAUAUAUCUGGGAGUAGCAAUUAGGGUCGCUGCUAGGUGGGAAAUGAGGAUGCGAAGGAGAUCUGAGUAUAGAUUUGUGUUGGUGCGCAGAGAUGUGAGCAGACUGGAACCAGCCUGGCCAGUUAGCAGAACUUGUGGCUGCAGGAUGAUGUAUUCUGGGGAAAGACCAGGCGAGCAGGAUCAGG